AUGGCUGCAGAGCUUGAUCUUGGUGAAGAGAUGGAGAUGGAACAAGGUUUUCUUAUUGAUUUGAUCGCUGGUGGUGGGCGUAAUCGGCUUCGUACUCGCUAUGUCUUGUAUAGUGAAGACCUACCUGAAUACCCUGCAACAGAUGUUGACGGCUUUGCCUAUAUCGUGCAUAUGGCAAGGGGCUCAGAACUCAUGGCCUUACGCAGUGUUCAGAGUGUUCAGUAUGCAAUGAAGCAGAAAUACCGGGAUCGUCUAAGCAACACCCAGUCAUUCCUAGGCGUGAAACUAUGUGAAUAUGCGCAUCGAGGCCUAAAAUAUAUGUCUCAUUCAUCCGUGACACCAGAGGAUUUACGGCAUAUUGAGCAAAUUCAAAACGGAAUACCAUUUUUGGAAGAUGAAAAAGCGAAGAGAGCUGCUUAUGUCAGAAUCCCUCUUUACUCAGAAGGUUUCAUGUGGGAACCAUUGGAGAGAUAA